AGGUAUUUGCCGAUACAUAGUCACACAUCAUUACUUAAAAGAGUUGCGUGUGGAAAGAUCAUCAUCAAAAUGGGUUCUCUAAUGGCGGGAUGGGAUUCUACUGUAUCAGAAUCAGAUCCUAAAUCAGUCAUACGCGAAAGAAAUCGAUCGCUUACCAAGGAAGAGAUUGAAGCUUAUUGGAAGUCACAUAAGGAAAUCGAGGAAGAACAUCUUAAGGUCACUUUUAGUCCAUCACAUAACUCCAACCCUCUGUCCAAUACAAAACAGGGUUUCUUGGACGUUGAUGCAGAAACAAACCUGGACAAUAUCAUGAAGAAAAAUGGCUGGUGGAGGAGGAGCAAUUGGGCAUUCUUGAAUGAACCGCCAGUUCUUGACCGCCCUACCAGCCGUUACAAACCACAGUUUCACGUUGCCAACCUAGCUGCUUCCAAGCUUAACAAACAUUCUGGAAUCAGUGUUUAAUCUUCGGCUCUGUGCAAUCUCUCGUGGUCAUAUAUUUUAUGUUAU